CUGCCCCCUCCUCCUCCUCCCUGUAAACUUGCCCGCCCGCGCCUGUCUCCCUCCCCCACCGGCGCACUAACCAUCAUCUUUUUCACUCGGGUUUCUACAGACAAGUUUUUUUCCGCUUUGCAGCAGGAAAAAAAAAAAAAGAAAGAAGAAGCCGGCGGGGAGGGGCGGCUGUUCCUGGAAGAGCCAGCCUGGGGAGUUGGUCACAUUCUUGGCUGGGAUUCAAUGACUGAGGCAGACACCAACAAACAGAAGAGAGAGAGAGAGAGAAAAGGGGGUGGAGAAGGGAGGAGGAGGCUGGAGCGCUCAGGCACACACAGAGUAUUAGCUAAGCACUCUGAAUUGGAGAGCCAGGCUGUGUGCACAUUGGGGGGAGCCGCUGUGACAGGACGACGAGACACUCCUGAGAGGAACACUAGUGACUGUCCUAUCACACGAGGAACUUUAUUUUGUAUCUAUCCGAGGACUUCCUAUUCUUAUCCUAUCACAGAGCGGAGCGACUUCCUCCCACUGUAUCCUAGAGCGGCGCGAGGACUUCCCAUUCCGUCCUAUCGCAGAGCGGAGGAACUUUAUUGUAUCCAUCCUAGAGCGGCGCGAGGACUUCCCGUCCUAUCCUAUCAGAGAGAGGGAGAGCGCGGAGGAACUUCCCCGGCUGUGUCGGAGGAACUUUAUUGUAUCGGUGGUAGAGCGUGUGGAGGACUUGCCCCGUGUGUGUGGACACAUACCAUAGAGAGCGGAGGAACCUCCUCCUCCCCCCCUCCUAUGGGCAGAGGGUCGCGGCGGGGCACGUGCCGCGGGGACUGUCCGGCCAUGGAGCGCCUGUGAAGUUGUCGUCAUUGGCCCCGGCUUGUGACUAGAGUUGGUGUCCCGCGCCUGUCUGCCUCCCUUCCUUCUUCUUUCCCUCCCUCAUCUAUUCCUCCCUUCCCCCCUUCGAUGAUGGAGGCUGUGAGCCGGAGCUUCCAGCCCCAUCCCGGUCUGCAGAAGACCCUGGAGCAGUUCCACCUGAGCUCUAUGAGCUCCCUGGGCGGCCCGGCCGCCUUCUCCGCCCGCUGGGCUCAGGACAUGUAUAAGAAGGAGAGCGGUAAGGAGCCGCCCGAGCCCAUCCUCCACCUCCCUUCGGUCCAGCCGCCUCCGGUCAUCCCCGGGGGGCCGCUCUUCAUGCCGUCCGACCGCUCGACGGAGCGCUGCGAGACCAUCCUGGAGGGGGAGACCAUCUCGUGCUUCGUGGUCGGCGGGGAGAAGCGCCUGUGCCUCCCGCAGAUCCUCAACUCGGUGCUCCGGGACUUCAGCCUGCAGCAGAUCAACUCGGUGUGCGACGAGCUGCACGUCUACUGCUCCCGGUGUACGGCCGACCAGCUGGAGAUCCUGAAAGUCAUGGGGAUCCUUCCGUUCUCCGCUCCUUCGUGCGGCCUCAUCACCAAGACCGACGCCGAGAGACUCUGCAACGCCCUUCUGUACGGGGGAAGCUACCCUCCGCGCUGCAAGAAGGACUUCCCACCGGGCUCGGCCGGCCUGGAGCUCGAGGUCACCGAGAGGAGCUUCCGUGUGUACCAUGAGUGCUUCGGCAAGUGUAAAGGCCUCUUCAUCCCGGAGCUGUACGCCAACCCCAGCGCCCCCUGUAUCCAGUGCCUGGACUGCCGCCUGCUCUACCCCCCGCACAAGUUCGUCGUGCACUCGCACAAGGCGCUGGAGAACCGGACGUGCCACUGGGGCUUCGACUCGGCCAACUGGAGGGCCUACAUCCUCCUGGCCCCGGAUUAUAGCGGGGAAGACGAGCAGAGCCGGCUGGGCAGGCUGCUGGACGAGAUGAAGGACAAGUUCGACUACAGCAACAAGUACAAGAGGAAAACUUCACGGAUUUCUUCAGAACCCCCAAGUAAAAAGUCAAAAUUAGACGAUGCCAUCAUCCACUCCCCUAGCUCGAAUGAGAAGGACAAGUCCUCAAGUUGGUUACGGAAUUUAUCAAACUCUAGCAAAAACACAGGAUAUGUCCAUCCUCGGCAGCGCCUAUCUGCUUUCCGGCCCUGGUCCCCUGCCAUUUCAGCAAACGAAAAGGAGAUUCCAACUCAUCUACCCACCCUGAUUCGAGAUAGUUUUUAUAAUUGCAAAAGUUUUGAGAACCUCGUUGCCCCCAAUGUUGCCCUGGCACCUCCAACCCCACAGAAGGUCAUCACAAGCCCUCUUUGUGCACCUGUGGUACCAAGAAGUAAUCAAACAUCGGGUAGCCCUGCCCAUUCUCGAAAGCGAAGGCCCACAGCAGAAUUGCCCCCAGCACCUGAAGCCCCCACUCCGUCGGUUACAACUCGGGAAGAGGAGAAGGAGUCUGAAACGGAGAUUGAGGUGGAAAGUAGAGAAGAAUGUAAGUUUACUUCCUCGCUUUCUUCGCUCUCAUCUCCUUCCUUCACAUCCUCCAGCUCUGCCAAAGAGUUGAGUUCCCCAGGCAUGCUAGCCCCAGCUGCGGUUAACCAUUCCUUUGAAGUGGCGCCUCACGGAGACUCGCUUAGCAGUGGACUAGAGGCAGAGCUGGAGCACCUUCGGCAAGCCCUGGACAGCGGUCUGGACUCCAAGGAAGCCAAAGAAAAAUUCCUUCACGAAGUAGUUAAGAUGAGAGUAAAACAGGAAGAGAAGCUGAACGCUGCAUUGCAGGCCAAACGGAGCCUUCAGCAGGAGCUGGAGUUCCUCCGUGUCGCCAAGAAAGAAAAGUUGAGAGAAGCAACAGAGGCAAAACGCAACCUGAGGAAAGAAAUUGAACGGCUCAGGGCGGAAAAUGAAAAGAAGAUGAAAGAGGCAAAUGAGUCACGGUUACGUCUGAAGAGAGAGUUGGAGCAAGCCAGGCAAAUAAGAGUGUGCGACAAGGGCUGCGAGGCUGGUCGGAUUCGUGUAAAAUAUUCUGCCCAGAUAGAAGAAUUACAAGCAAAACUCCAGCAAGCAGACAGCGACAGAGAGAAGCUACGGACAGAUCUUGCACAUGAGCGAGAAGCCAGAGAACACUUGGAAAAUGUUGUUAAAGAUCUACAGGAACAACGCUGGGCAAAGCCCGGUUGCCUUUCCAGCAGUGAACACACACGAAAAGACAUUGAGAACUAAAACAAACAAUACAAAAAAAAUUCUAUAUGAAGCAAAAAACCUAUCUAUUCAUAUACAGAAUUCUACGUAUAUGCACAGGAAGAGGAGGACGUUUCCCCAAUGUAUGCAUGAAUAGGUGCAUGUGUGAGUGUAUGGAGUGUGUGCCCUGAGCUCACACAACUUAUUACAAACUUUAUAGAGUCCGAGAGCGAGGAAAAAUGUUACCCUGUACAACAGAAGCACUGAACUUUCGCCUCUUUAGAACCUACACAGCACAACAUCUUACUGUGCCUCAGAGAGAGUGUUUAUAAAAUGGAGUCACUUCGGCUCUCAAGUGAGAACUUUUUUUUUUUUGUUUUGUUUUGUACAUGUCAAAUACAAGAGAACAGCAGCAUUCGACAAAGUCAAGAUGAAAAAAAAGCAAGCAUUAUCAGUUCUUUAAAAUUGUUCUUAAGCUUGCCUGGAACACUUUGAGAUUUACAUUUUCUUUAUAAGCUAUUUAAUAUAAAGAUAUAUUAAAUGACAAGGACAAUAUAUAGACUGUUGAAAAUGGGGAGGGGGGAAAACAGAUUUUUGUAUAACAAAACUGAAACUUUGAUGCACAAUUUUAACUGACGUUACAGGCUUUUUGGGGUUUAUUAAAAAAAUGAAAAAAGAAAAAAACGGCCCUGUGUUCCUACUCUUAAACCCACCCUUCCCUAGUCUCGGCACCAUUCACAUCGACUGUGCAAUGUAUUGGUAGCAAGCCAUUAAUAUUGAAAUACAGACUCUACUGCA